UGUCGCGGCAGUUUCGCUUUAUGCUGCGUAACGUUUGUACGUGCUGUUGUUUUCGUCGUACACCGAUAAACAGCUCACCAGUUGAGCGGUCCUCGCGCGCGGCAGAUAUACCCGUGAUUCAUUAUUCACCUCGUCUCUCGCCGCCAAAUAUUAUUAAUAAUCCCCAUCAGUCACGCGAAAGUGAUUUCAAUUUUUUUUCUUUUUUUUUUCUUUUUUAUUUAUUUAUUUUUUUUUAUUUUUCGCCUCAGAGUGAAGGAUAACCCGCUUGAAAAUGAGGCGAUUCCGGGCGAUUAAUCUGAUCGCGUUUUGCGCGCUCGUUCUGCUCGCUGAUGAUAGCAGUGCAUCGAUAUUUUACAACUUGAAGAAUCUGCCGGGUUUCUUGCUCUCAUUGAAGCAGCUCAAAACCCUUCGACACGGGAUCGUCCCCGGCACACUUUGGUGCGGCCCAGGAAACAUCGCCAGCAACUAUUCCGAGUUGGGCGUUAACUGGAAGUUGGACACAUGUUGCAGGGCGCACGAUUUCUGCAACGAUUUAAUAAGACCUCGGAAUAGUAAAUACGGGCUGUACAACAGCGCCAAAUUGUGCAGCAGCUUGUUGUGCGAGUGCGACUUGCAGUUUUACGAUUGUUUGAAGAAAACAUCUGGUUUCAUUGCGUUCAACGUCGGGAAGAUAUACUUCACGAAAUGCAAGCGGUGUUUCAACGCUUACUACAACAUCGAAACGUGCAUUAAUAGGGGUCUCCUCAUAAGCGAAAGACAAGGCCCUAAUGGCAGCCGCGUUUUUUGCGCGCAAUUUGAUCGAAAUCCAAAUUGGCAUUUGCACAACGCAAUGCCGACAUCGACCGCCGUUUCUCCAAUCUGGAAGAAUAGUGAACCAGCAAUAAUGAAAGAGCAAACUAUUCCAUUGUAUAAUCCUGUGGACGAUGAAGAUGACGAUAUUUCUGCAGAUUUUGAUUUAAGAAUGUUGAAUAUAUAUUGAUGUUGAAUAUUAUACUCCCCCGCUUCCCCUUUAACAUUAUUCUAUGAUCAACAGAACGUUUUUUUUUCGAGGCCACUUGAUAAACACCCAAGUAUAAAAAUUUCCUGGAGGCUUUGGUCACCAGUUUUUACUAGCUAGGAUUUAUUAGAUAGUAACUAUUUAGAAAACGAACAGAAGACUAACUAGUAUUUCUUGACCAGCUAUUACAUUGAGAUUAAGCAACAAAAAGUGAUAAGUAAAUGCUGGGAAAUUUUUAUGUCUAGUAAAAAGUCCGAAAAUACUAGCCAAUGCUUUUUGGCCAGUUACUAUACAAGAAAGAAUCGUAAUUAAAAAUAAAGCUACAAUCAUUUUAAUAAAAGAAUGAAUUUAUAAGAAAAUUCCACUUUUUCAAAUACGAGUUUGACAUUAUUAUUAUAUUGAGUAAUACAACAUAAAUUUUACAGAGUGAAAUCGAAUGAUAUUUGACAGAAUAUUUCAUAGAAUUUUGUAAAAAUGUUUGGUUAGAAACUGAUCAAAAACUGCACGGAAACUUUCUCUGUCUAAUUACUAGCGGAGCAGUAGCUAAAAUUCUUGGCCAGUAAUUGGCCAAGAAGAAAUCAUUCUUUUUUCUACUUGGGUAUUUUUAUUGACGCUAUGACUUAAAUACGCUUAUUAAUGCUGUAAAAUAUCUCAAUAAGUGUCAUAUUCAAAUAUUCAAUUUUGUAUUUAGUAAGAAUCAAUUAAAUCUAACAUUUCAUAAAAAUUUGUGUUCGGAAGAUAUUAUCAUUUGCAUAACUAACCCGUUAGCCCAUUAACAU